UUGCGGCCGAACCCACCAAGAAAAGAUGAAAAUCAAGAUACAGGUCGCCCACCUACCGGGAGAAGAAGACGUCGACAAGAUCUAAUAUCUCUCGAAACAAAAAUACCCAAAUCAGAAUCCAAGAAGGAACUCAAGAAACCUCAUCAAAAAAGCACACCUUGGAUUCCCAAGUUCUUAAAACCGCCUCCCCAGCGUCCAGCACAAGUUGCUCCUCGGCCCCAAGUCCCUACGCGGCCCCCGCGCGCUGGUCGGUCCGGCAAGAUGGUGUUGUAUAAGUUAGUUGUGCUUGGAGACGGGAAUGUAGGAAAAACAGGGCUGAUUAUGCAAUUUGCCCUCCACCAAUUCGUUGAUAUAUACGACCCCACCAUUGAGGAUUCAUAUCGAAAACAAGCUGUCAUCGAUGGGCAACUCUGCAUGCUAGAAAUCCUCGAUACAACUGGCCAAGAGGAGUACACCGCUCUGCGGGAUCAAUGGAUCAGGGAUGGCGAAGGCUUCGUGUUGGUCUAUUCUAUUGACGAUCGAUCUUCUUUUACCCGUAUCAAAAGUUUUCACGACCAGGUUCGAAGAAUCAAAGGGUCGACGACACUAACACACGACUCGCUAUCCAAACACGAGGAGGACAUCGAACUGCAACUCAACCCCCUCGACUUUCCGGUUAUGUUGGUUGGUCACAAUUGCGAUCGGUUGGCCGAACGAGAAGUAUCGAAAGAGGAAGGGCAGGCAUUGGCGAGGGAACUUGGAUGUGCGUUUCUAGAGGCUUCAGCAAAGAAUUGUAUCAAUGUUGAGAAGACCUUCUACGACCCUGUGAGGAUGUUACGCCGACAGCGAUUGCAGAAUGCCGUACAGACACAGCGCGAGUCCCAGCGCGAGGACAAGUUUCCCCAGGAGGGUCCUAAGCGAGCAAUUUCGCUUUUCGACAUUAUAAGGAGAAGAAAUCGAGGCAGAAGACCAUGAUUGCUUGCAAGGAGAGGACCGGGGAAAGACGUCAAUGAUGCUACUGCUUGGCCCCAUAACCUCACGGCCAUUCUCCUAGUCUGGGACUUCCGGGAGAUCGCCUAUGCCAGAGGUUCCCUUUGAAUAAGGCAGUCUGACUGAAUCCUAGAGCUUGAUUUCUCUGCCAAUUUUAGUCUCGCCCUUUCCGA